CGAGUCACCAACCUCUUCUCUCUUCUCGUCCUAGGCCUUGCUCUUGGUCGUCUUAAGGCAGUCGUGCCAUCACAGCAUCGAGAACUCAGUUUCCACACAUAGUGACCCCGAUGGAACAAUCGGAGCCUGAGCCUCUAGAGUCUCAGACCGAACGGUCUGCGCCCAAACCUGCGCCCUUUACAAACUUCUACACUCCGGAAAACUCGGACUUCUACGCCAAUCUCAAGUACCAACAAUUAGACAGAAAAUAUGAGGAGAUCCGGCUUCUCGAUAUUGACCUCACAGGUGGUAAUAACCAUCGAAUGAUCCACUCGAUAUCUCUAGCAAAAGCUGGCAAAUAUUGCGCAAUCUCGUACUACUCGGGCAAUCCCAAGGACACCGUGCCGGUCUGUAUCGAGGGCGUAAAGAUGAACAUUUUUGCCAAUCUCGCCAAGGGAAUCGAUAACGCCGCUAGCUUCUGGAAGAAAGGGUCACCGAAGCAGCCCCUACGACUAUGGGUGGACCAGAUUUGCAUCAAUCAAAGCGAUUUACCAGAGAAAUCGCAUCAAGUCGACUUCAUGCGCGAGAUUUACCGGAAUGCUACACAUGUUUACGUGUCAAUGCCCAUAGAACGGAACCUUCGUCCCGCUUUCGAAUGGCUGACAGGUCUUGCGGCGGCUGGGACGACGAAGGGGUACGAGCCAUCACCGACUAUGCUCUACGAGAGCCCGCCAGCUGAGCCUGACAUCCUGCGGAGAUUCGAAGAUAUCAUUAACGCAGAAUGGCCAGCAGAAUUCUGGGAAGACCUUAACUAUGUGAUCAAUCAUUCUUGGUGGAGCAGGUCGUGGGUUUACCAGGAAUUCAUUGUCGCGUCGGACGUCUAUUUCCUUUUCUCGGACAAGCUCUCGAAGCCGUGGAAUCGGCUCCAACCAAUCUUGUCUCUUUUCAUGAAAUUUGACACUAUGGAUGCAUGUAAGGAAGCGCUACAGAAUCGGAACCGAGCCAAUGCCACCAUGCGGCGGUAUAAACUCUUUGCCAGCCAAAAGCCCAUGAUAGACCGUUUUUGCGACGGAUGCACAGCAGGCUGCAUAUGCUGUUCUGGAUGUUGUGGAUGUUGUGGAUGUUGCGAUGAUGAAGACUCUCAUAAGGAUGAAUCCUUAAAGCGUAGUGUGGCUCGCUAUUGCUGCUCCCCAUGUAUUGGCUUAGCCUAUUUCCUUUCAGCCGCAGCGCUCGCUGUACCUUGGGCGAUUGGCUGUUGCUUCUUUCGCUACCCUUGUUGUUCCGGCUACGAGGCCAGGAAGACAAAAAAGCUGAGUGAUAGAACAAGUCAGAUAGGGAUGAAAAGUCAUUUCAAGCGGUUAAGAAAGACGAGCGCUAGACUAACUAGUCGAGCACUCGUCAAUAGGGUCAUCGAGGGUAGAGAGCUAUGGGAGAGGCAACACCAUCAGAUCAACCUCUCUUAUCUUCUUCAACAUGGACGAAACACAGAAACGUCACAGCCGAAGGACAAAUUCUACGCCUUUGUUGGACUGGCCAAUCUUGGAAACCAAGUACCAAUCCGGUACGAGCCAAGCUACAGCAUCCAAGCAGUCCUCAUCGACGUAGCUCGUGCGAUUGUCGUACAUGAGAACGCAGGCCUCGACAUAUUGGCGCAAGCAGGGACGGCGGAAUACAGUCGAGACCUUCCCGAAGGCAAAGAUUCACUGCCAUCGUGGGUCCCGGACUGGGAUAAGCGGGAGAAUAUCGAGAGGCAAAAGUUUAUCGACGCAUUGGAGCUGCCGCCCACGUGUUGCGCAGGCACAAGUCAUGGCUCCAAAGCCUCUCUGAACUUUUUGAAAGACAGACAUGGAAAUGAGAGAAGAGUCCUCGACGCUGCGGGAACCCGAGUUGACAUUCUGGGAAGCGCCCUCGACAGGGGCCACGAUGGGUUCCUGCCCUGGAAGUCCUUUUCCAGUUCGGAUGGCCAAAGAGUGAUUACGACGACGAGCAUUGCGCACUUUGGAGAUGAGGUUUGGGUCCUUGACGGUAUGAUUUGGCCGGUGGUGUUGCGGAAAAGUUCGGCCGACGAUACCACUACACUUCUGGCCAUCGCAAUGGUGCAUGAAAACGGUCGGCCUCAUCAGAUCAUGUUCGGAAAUAGGACGUUUGCAAGUGAGACGGGCAGAGUGGUAAUAGUCUAAGUUGGUUCAGCUUGAAAUGUCAUGUCGCUGCUACACAUUUUGUAUCCUGCGUUUACCCUCUUGACCUUGAUAUUCAAUGUUCACGAAAGCUCGGUUCAAAGUGAGAUUUUAACUUGUGUAUGGGCCAAGCGACUUUUGUGUUUUGCAUUACAAGAUCCGGCUACUGACGAUAAUCACAGAAAUUACUG